ACAUCUGAGAUCGUCGACUCCAUGAUUAGGUUUUCUCUGCAUGCUCGCUCUCAGACGGAGCCAGAUUCGAUAAUAUUUGACAUGUAAUGUACUGGAUUUAAUGAAGUAAUUCAUCCAAAGUGUUCAGAUCGAGGUGUUCUUGGACGCACGCAGCAUUUCAACAAGAAAGCUAAAAGAAUGUAAGGAUUAUUUAUGAACAGGCAGAAUUUGUCGAGAAUUUGCGACUAUUUGUGAACGAUUAACAAAUGGGCUGUCCCUUCCAUCGUUGUCAAGGCAACCUACACUGACUGACAAACCACCCGAAGACAGACAGUUGAAGGAUUUGUAAAAGUUUAUGGAAACUUGUUUGGUCAGCUAAUGUUUGUAAUUUAAUGAAAGCCUACUAUUCCACAAAAUAAUACGCUCUGUGUAUAAUGGCGACGUCUACAAGCGUUGCACCUGAGACAUCUGUCAGAUGUGAAGUGCGGGCAGGUAGAGAGCAUUGGACUAACAUUAAAGCUGGACGUGAAAAGAGAAAUGGACCUGGGGUUCAGCAGUGGUCUGACGGAUCUAAAUAUGAAGGAGAAUUUGUGAAUGAUUUGAAGCACGGCACAGGAGUCUUCACCUGGACAAAUGGAGAGUUUUAUGAUGGCUCAUUCUACAAAGAUUAUCGUCAUGGAAAUGGGACUUAUUCCUGGCCAGCAGGCUUCAAAUUUGUGGGAAAGUUUUAUUUGAACCGGAAGGAGGGCUAUGGCAUUCAGACCUUCCCUGAUGGCACCACCUUUCAGGGGUUGUACCAUGCUGACGAGCGCUUUGGGCCAGGUGUGGUGACAUACCCAGAUGGACAUCAGGACGUGGGUCUAUGGCACCGGGAGAGGCUGCUGAGGCUGUGCACUGCUCUGGAGGGGGGCUUCACUCUCCAAGCCUUCCCAGAACACAUGGCUCAGAUCAACUGCAAGAAGGAGCCUAAGAACCAGUCCCAGAGCUCAGCCAAGGGGCCAGAGACCAAGGCCAAGCCUGGCACCAUGGAGGUUGGCAUGGACCCACUUCUCUCUCCUUACCAUGAGCUGCUGCAGGACGAACACUUCAUCCUGCCCCCAGACAUGGACCGCUACUCCACAGACUCGGACCACCUGCCUGUGCCCUGGGGGCUGCGUAAGGAGCUGGACCUGCAAUUCUUCGGCGAGCACUGUGACAACCCAGACACUAACCCUGAUGUCUCAGCAGCUUUACCACUGCAGCAGCGCAUGCAGGCUCACAUCCAUAGGCACAGGUUUGAGGUGGAGGCACUGGACUGGGACGUGGAGGCUGUUCUGUCUGAGAACCGGCAAAGGUUUGGCCCUAAGGGAUCUCUGGAGCUCAACUCAGAGGGCCUCAUCCAGGAGGCCUCGCUGGGUGACCCGCAGAGUGUCUAUCGCAUCCUACGGGAUGGUAAGAUACACCCUGAUGUUGGCGAUGCCCGAGGACACACAGCACUCAUUGCAGCUACGGUCAACUGCCAUAAUGAUGUGAUCCACCUGCUCCUGGACAGCGGAGCAGAUGUGAACAAGCUCAACUGUGAGGGCAUGUCUGCUCUGGCUGUUUGUAAUGUCCUGUACUACCCAAUCCAGUCACUCCAUGAGACAGUUGCAGAGAAGGUCCCACAAAAGACCCACGCAAAAUCACAGGCUGUCAAAGCCCGGUCCCCAUCAGUGAACAGUCCUCAGAGCAGCAUAGUGGAAGCCACCAAAAACAGAGCCCAGACCACCAAACAGGCUGACCAGACCAAUCAGGCUGACGACACUGCUCCAAAGGGCCACACCAACCAGGCUGAUAACGAGGCUAUGGACCGUGGCCAGUGUAAUGACAGUCAAGUGUCCCUUUGCAAUGGCCAGGGUUAUUGUCAGGAAGAGGGUGACCAGGAUGAGGAUGAACAGUACCUCCAGGAAUGCAGUGACCAGGCUGCCUUGGACCUAGACCGCAUGGACAUGAUAGUGGUGAGGGAAAGGCGCUCCAUCCAGGUGCUGGAUGGGAACAUCCCACUGGGCUGUGUCCCCUGGCAUGAGGGGGGUGGCUCUUAUGAUCUGACCCAGCAGCAGCAGGAGGAGGGAGAGGCCGGAUCAGAGGAGGACCGGAGGAGGAGGGAGAGGAGAGGCAACCUUAUGGCUGACCCAGCGUUUGACUCGGCCCGCUCCCUGGCCAGCUUCCACAUCCAUGUCACGGAGGAGGUCAUGCAGAAGACGGCCGAGGCCUUAAGCCGAUCGGGCCUGGUACCACAUGCUGACACCCAGGAGACCGUCCGCAAGAUGGCCCUCAUGAAGACCGAGCACCGGGGAAGGUGGACCACCAUGAAGCUGCUACUGGACAGGGGAGCAGACCCUAACGCCUCCAGUGUGCCCAUGCCUGUCCUCUUCCUGGCCAUCAAGGCAGGCCACAUCCAAGCUGUCAGGCGUCUGCUGGAGUGUGGAGCACGCACUGAUAUGUGCCUGCCUUCAGAACAAAGGGGUUUCUACCCCCUGCACAUCGCUGCAGCUCUCCCCGGGGCAGAGGGCCCCAAAAUCACUGAGCUGCUGCUGCACGCCGUGGCAGACCCAGAUGUCACCGCCCAAGACGCUCACGAGGUGUUUAAGCUGGACAAGAACCCUGUGGAGCCCCAGGCUGGUUUUGGGAAUAAGUCUUCCACGUCGUCCGGCCCCCCGUCUCAGUUCUAUAUGGCCCCCAGUGUUCCCCCAGAAGAGGGGGGCAGGACUCCUCUGCACAUGGCCUGCCAGAGAGACAAGGACUACACUAAUGCUAGGGAUGUUGUGUCACUGCUCCUCUCCCACAAGGCAAGCACCAAUCUUCUGUGGAGUGGCCACUCUCCCCUCUCUCUAGCUAUCGCUAGCGGCAACGACUUGGCUGUUGAUGAGCUGUUGGCUGGGGGUGCUGACCCCAACCUCCCCCUGACCCGCCGGGUGGGUAGUGCCCUCUGUGCCAUGACCAAUAUCAGCUACGACUGUGCGGCUCACCUCCGCAACAGAACCAAGCUGCUGGAGAAACUGAUGAAGGCUGGUGCCAACAUACUGAUGCCAGUGGUGGUUGGUGAGGGCCGCAGGUGUGCUGUGGGCACCGCUGUGGACUACGCCCACUAUGCAUUUCACCAGGACUGGCGCAUCGCCCACACCCCGUACCAUGCCCUGAACCAGAGGGAGAGAGAGGCAUACAAUGCCCGCAGACAGAUCCUCAGCGUGAUGGGAGACCUACUGCGUCAGGCAGUCAUCAGGAUGGAGAGACAGCGUGUAGAGAGGGAGCAGGGCCUGGGCAUCAGCAGUGUUAGUCCCACAGAGAAGUUUGUGUACACUGGAGCAGGAGCCACUCCUCCCUGGAACAAGGCAGCCAGAGCAGUUCUCUCUGAGGAGCAUGACAGCACAGAGUCUCUCCCUCAGCAGAUAGAACAGCAGCAGAGGGCAGAGCAGAGACGGGGAAGUAAGGCAGUCAUUGUCAGGAAGCCCCUGUUUAAAUACUGCUACCAGUGUGGCCGUUCUGUGGGUGUGGUCCUGAUCGCCUGCAGCCGCUGUCACGAGGUAUUCUACUGUAGCAAGACGUGCAAGAUGAAGGCCUGGAACGACCGCCACAAGGAUGAGUGUGUCCGUGUACCAGGAGUCACCCAUAGUGAAAAUACUCUAAUUCAGGAGAGAAAAGGACAGCCAAGCACAGUCAAGAUGUUUGCCGAAUCCCAAAAGAACCCCACCAAGGCAUCUCUGAUAGAGCAGAUGAAGGUCCAUCUGAAGCGUGACAGGUUAAAGGAGAAGCUGGCAAGAGGGUUACUACAGGCUAAACCCAAAGACCCAAACAGCUCUAUGAGGAAGGCCAAAAGCAGCGAGGGCUCUCAGGAUCCAGCCACUCGGAGACUAUAUUUAGGAGCCGGGGCCAAAACCAAGACGGGCCAGCUCAACCUGGCCCAGAAACUCUCAGAGAGCCACUAUGGAACCCUGAAAGAGAACUACAGCUUCAUCUGACAGCUACACAUAGACUGAUUCUGUUAUAUUAAAGUACUUUGGGAAUGGAAUAUAUUCUCUAGAGAGAUGAAUGGAGGAGAGUGGUGACUUGGUUUCAUGUGAAACUGUGUGCCAGAUGACUUGACAGACAUGAUCAUGUGCAGUAAGAUAAAAUGUGUAAUCAUUGGGCCUUAUCCCAGUACCUUUGACUCUGUUACCAGAAGAAGCAAUUACAAAUAACAGUCAGUCUCAGUCGGACAUCUUUAAAAUGUCAUCACGUUUAUAAUAGCUUACAAUUCAUGGGGGAAAACAACGACAGAAUGUCGACAUAUUUUCACCUUGGCAUUGUUGCUCAAUCACAAGAACCUCAAAAGGGGAAUUUUGUAUUUAUUUUUCAAAUUGGCGCAUUUUACUUAUGCCUCCCACUGUAUUGUAGGACAAUCAAGUGUGUCCACCAAAUACUUUGGGGCCCUUGAUUUUCACACCCUGACACAUAAAACCACAUUAAAACCACAUUCACACAUUUUAUGUAAUCAGCCAGCCUGUAUCUGUAUCCAAAUCAAUCAGCACCUCAACAUGGCGCUUCUCUCCCAUUGAUUUUUCCAUAUGAGGAUUCUCUGUUUGUUGAGAGGGCCUGCUCAUCGAUUUCUCAGUGUUCAUUGGGCUUGGGAUUGAGGUGAGCAGCCCAGUGUUGGGUUUGUUAGCACAAGUAUUUUGAGCUAUACGAACCUGCAGGUAACGAGGAAUGGGCUUCUUAUUCAGCUUCCCAC